CUAAAGUACAGACCUAUAUUAUUAUAUAUAUAGGAUCUGAUAACUCCCCAUAAGAGAUCAUGUUCUGGUGAAUUUUGCAUUGGCCAAUGAAAUCAUAACUUCCUUUUGCUUGUCUGGUAUUUCGGAAGUCAUUCCAUUUUCAUACGUAUGAGAUGAUACCCGAUGAGUUCCGAUAAGCAAAUAACACAAUUAAAAAUGGCGUCGAUAAGUGCCACGCCGAGGAAAACAUGUCUUUUGUCGGAUGCGUGUAUCCUCUGUGGGUUUUGUUUUAAACAAAUUGAGAAAGCAAGUGACGGUAGUGAAAAAAUCCAAAAGUUUAGCGAAAUUAAACUGCGUUUAAAUGAAGAAAGGUGGGGGAAUAUCAGGAAACUGACGGGUGUGUUGACAGAUUUGGAUGAAAAAGGCCUUGGAGGGGUUUGCAAAAAAUGUUAUCGACAGGUUGAAUCUGUUUUAAAAAUUGAAGCCAAAAAUGCAGUUGUUAAAGAACGUUUUCGUGAAAUGGCAGUGCGAACUUUGAAAACAAAAAUGUUACAACUGCCGUCUCCCCGAAGAACAUCAAUAACGAAAAGAAUGCUUCGGAGCCCGGAUACACAUGUGCCCUCUACGAAGAAGAAAUCUUUCGACGUAUCUGUUGUGAAGCUUGUACAACUGACGCCCUUUAAAGAUCUGACGAAUACAAGAACGGAUUCAUCGAAAGCAGGGGUAAGUUAUCUAAGCAUAUUGGUGUAAUAUUAACAUUUAUAUGUAAACAUGGUAAACAUUUACAAAUUGAAAACAAAAAUCUCUAGGCUUGGUCUUAAACACAGAUACCACUUGAAAGAAGUGUUACUGUCAUCACACUCUCGGGCACAAUCCAAGACAAUACAAUUAAAAUUAUAUCCUUAGAUAUGCUAAUUACUAUCAGGUGUAUUAAUUAGUGGAUCAAAGGAAAAUUUAGGAAUUCAAUACACCCCAGUCUUAGGGUGACUGUCAAAUGUCUGUAUGUGUCAACAUACCAUUAAAUAUAUAAUUAGAUCAUUAAAUAUAUAAUUAGAUAUUCAAAAAUUAUCUUAAAUCAUUUUUAAUUGACAGCUGUCUAUGCCAGUAUAUGCUGCAUGUAUCCCUAUUGCACCACAGGAGAAACAAGUUGGUAUGUAUAAAAA